UUCCAGUGCACCUCAGCCUAUGUGGUGAAGACUCGUGACCAGCACUUGCAAUUUCGCAACGAAUGCAUUGCCGAAUUACAGGUUCCCGAGAACCUUUUGGAGCAGUAUAAAAAGUUCGAUUAUCCAAAUGAUGCAACUACCCAAUGUUAUUUGAAAUGUAUAUUCGUGAAGUUCGGUUUCUUCGAUACGACCAGUGGAUUCAAUGUUGAAAAUAUCCAUCAACAAUUGGUUGGAACCUCUGCUGAAGCUAAUCAUGAUGAUGAGCUACAUACGAAAAUCUCCUCUUGUAUUGAUAAAAAUGAACAGGGUAGCAAUGCUUGUGAAUGGGUAUAUCGUGGUGCCACCUGUCUUAUUAAGAACAAUUUGCCAUUGGUUCAACGUAGUGUUGCCAGUCAGGCUUAGUGCUGAGAUAUUAGU